AGUCAGGUGGCUUGCAAGGAUGCGGGGCCGGUGGGCGGGGGCCCGGCCGGUGCCCAGCAGCUUUCUGUGACACCCAGACUCCGCGGGCCCCCUUGGCCCCGAGCCCCCACCAUGGUGCGCGCGGGCGCCGUGGGGACGCAUCUCCCCGCGUCCGGCUUGGACAUCUUCAGGGACCUGAGGAAGAUGAACAAGCGCCAGCUCUAUUACCAGGUUUUGAACUUCGCCAUGAUUGUGUCUUCUGCGCUCAUGAUCUGGAAAGGCUUGAUCGUCCUCACUGGCAGCGAAAGCCCGAUCGUCGUGGUGCUGAGUGGCAGUAUGGAGCCAGCCUUCCACAGGGGCGACCUUCUGUUCCUAACAAAUUUCCGGGAAGACCCUAUUAGAGCUGGUGAAAUCGUUGUUUUUAAGGUCGAAGGACGAGACAUUCCCAUAGUUCACAGAGUAAUCAAAGUUCAUGAAAAAGAUAAUGGAGACAUCAAAUUUCUGACUAAAGGAGAUAAUAAUGAAGUUGACGAUAGAGGCUUGUACAAAGAAGGCCAGAACUGGCUCGAAAAGAAGGACGUGGUGGGAAGAGCCAGAGGGUUUUUGCCAUAUGUUGGUAUGGUCACCAUAAUAAUGAAUGACUAUCCCAAAUUCAAGUAUGCUCUUUUGGCUGUAAUGGGUGCAUAUGUAUUACUAAAACGUGAAUCCUAAAAUGAGAAGCAGUUCCUGGGACCAGAUUGAAAUGAAUUCUAUUGAAAAAGAGAAAAACUAAUAUAUUUGAAAUGUUCUACUUUCUGUAUAAAGGGAAGCAAUCCAGAGACGUUCGUGUCUUGUCCAAAUAAAUGAUUCAUCCGUAAAGAUUA